AUACCAGUGGUUACACUGGCGCCUAAGGCCGUGUUUUGUCCCCAGCUGUGUGAUCCAUCUGUGAUAGAAGUCCGCUUUAAGGACCGCCAACUUCCUACCGUCUGGCGCGACACCUACGCCCUCCAGCCCUCCCUCAGGUGGUAUCUGGUUGGGUCGGGCGGCAACCUGAGCGAACUCUCCUCUGAUCCUGACCUUCGCCCGUUUUUCCACAUCGAUCCUGCCAAUGGGUCCUUGUUGGAUCAGGAGCCCCGCCGGAUUGGCCUCAAUCCCGGCGAUGAGGAGGAGGAGGAGGAGCAGCGUGGUUGGGAGGGACUGCUCCGUCAUGAAAAACAGAGAUUGAGAGGAGGGAAGAUAGAUCCACCGUAUGGAGGUUUGCUGUAG